AAAUACCAACAACAACAACAACAAUUGCCCAAAAAUAAUCAUUAUGAAUUGGUUAUGUUUUGGUAUAUUAACGGCGCUGCUAUGCCUCAGCCAAGUGGCGUCAUUGUCUUUAGAUCCAGUGGCCUCUGCCGAAUUGGAGCAGCACAUCAAGAAGGGUGACUGUGUAAUAUCCAUGCGUCACAUAAGACCACGACGUAAAUUACACAUCCCCAUUGAGGCCCUCUUUAUGAUUGAUUUUCCCACGUUGAAACAUAAAAUGUCCUUCUUCUUGGAUCGCAAACAACAAAGGGUAACCUUGGACAUUAGCGCCGGCGGUUCGAUGGAUUCCUUGCACUUCGAAAUACCCCAGAUUAAUGAGACGAGUACCAUACGUUCAUUGGCGUUACAUUUCCAUAAGAAUCGUAUAUCCCUGCUGGUAGACUGUAAGGAGACUUCGGCUCAUGAAAUCGAAAUGAAUCUUACGAAGCUGUAUACCCAAAUGGAUGAUCCUAUGGUGAAGUUGUUCCGUGAACGUAAAUAUCCCUUACAUUUCGAUGGUAAUGUGGAUGCUGCCCUGCAGAGAGCUAACUGUCAAAAGGGUUUGACUCGGCGCGGUAAUAGACGCAUGUUGAAGAAUAAAAUUUCUGAAAGAGAGAAGAACAAAAAACGUGAUGUUCGCAACUGGUACAAUCAAGAACCUGGCACCAGCGUUGAGCAUUAUCGCCAGCAGGCGAUACCCUUGGAUAUGGAUCAUCGUGGUGAUAUUCCAGUAAUGUCCGGUGAUUGUGAAGACGCCCUCGCAAAAUCCCUAAGCGAUUUAAUGGCUUUGGUAAAACUGCUACGUGAAGAUAUCGCCCACCAGCGCCAAGAAAUUGCCUAUCUGCGCAUGUUGCUGGAGAAUUGUGCCGGCUGCAAGGAAACCAAAGGUGACAAUGAUAUACAGCCAACAUGUCGUACCUCAAAUCCUUGCUAUCCAGGUGUCGAAUGCUAUGACAAUUUGUCAGGACCCAGAUGUGGCCGUUGUCCCCUAGGCAUGGUUGGUGAUGGUAAAAUUUGCAAACCAGGAGUAACCUGUGCCGAUCGCCCCUGUUAUAUGUGAGUACAC